AUGGAUCGAUCUCAACCCUCAUCGUCCAAUCUAAUGGACAACCACAACCGCCUCGUAGCAGACAUACUAACACGCUACCGCACGCUCAUGAUGCUCGCGACCGUCCAAGCAGAAGGGGAGCGUAACAACGCUACGCCUGAGACUAUGGCCGUGAGCGGCAUCUCCAUGAAGAUGGAGUUUGAUGGCCUGAACUCCUCCAUCAAGGACCUCUUGUCGCUGUCGCGCAAAAUUAAAGAACUAUGGGUAUUUGGACCUUUAGGUCAAGGUGAUCCUGAUAGAAAGGCAAAGGAGGCGCAGAUUGAGGAGGAUGUGUCGCAGGUUUCGGCCCUGCUGAACGGUCUUGAGGGCGGGAGAAUGAAGGAAUUGGCGGAGAGGUGUGGAGGUUCGUGGGACGUGUUGGGGAAAGAUGAUGCGGCGAAAUGA